GGGAAAUUAAAACUAUUAUGGAAGACCUCGAAGAAAUUAGACAGGACUUUGAUGAAACCAAGGUUUAUAGUGAACUUCUCUUCUGUGUCCAGAACGUUGGAAAAUUCAAGAAGAUCCAGGACAUCGAUGUUUUUGUCAAAGGAGAUCAUUGUGAAGAAAACCUUAAGGACAUCAGCAGGUUCUUGAGGAAUGAUAAUCCCCACGAUCCUGUUAUUAGAAAGAUGCUUAAUUCUUGGGACUUCUUAAAGGAUUCUUUACUCCCUUUGUUACUUUCGCAAAAGCAAGAUAUAAAGCUCAGCUUUUAUGUUAUUUUAUUGAUUACUGAGAUUACAUAUCCAUUUGAGAAGACCGCUAACAAUUAUCAAGAGCUUGUACAGAGUAUGAGACAGCACAAAAGAGCUUUCUUAGUUCCAGGUGUGAUAAAAACACUUUCAAUGCAUCUCUCAGAUGGCUGCAGAGGAGAUACCAAAAUUCCUGACGAUAAGAAUUCUCAACUUGUCGAGUUGGUCAUAGUGAUAUUUAAAAAUUUACUUCAAAUACCCAAAGCUAAAUCUGACGAAGACGAGUCGUUCUCAUAUCUCUUGCUAAAAAAUUUCAAAGAAGAAUCCGUGUUUGAUUCAUUUAUCUACAUGUCUGCUCAAUUGCAGAGUGAAUUUUCAAAGAAGUUAAGCUUCCACUUUUUAGAGAUAUUUUUCCACAUCUUCAAGGACUACUACCCGCAUGAAUUCUUUUCUCUUACUAAAAAGAAGACCCUGAAGGAUUAUAUGAAGAAGGAAAUUGAUGAAAAGAAGAAAAGACAAACCAACAGAUCAUCUAGACAUUCCAGAUUUGGCACUAAUAUUGUUCUGAAAGACAAGAAAAAUUCAGAGAUUAAGAGAAUGGUUGCUGGAAUCCCUAAUGAUAACUUAAUGAGGCAGAAAGAUAUCGGAAGAACAGGCAUCAGGAAGAAGAAAGCUAUAAAAUCUGAUUUCGAUACAGGAAUGCUAAUCCAUUAUAGAAACAUGGAUAAUACUAGCCUCCAAGGGGAUAAUGAGCAAGAGAAAAUGAGACAAGACCUUAAAGAAUUAGCCAUUGAUCUAGUCGAGCAGUCAUUUAAUAACUUUAUUGAUACUCUUCUUGAGAUGAUUUACUCUGGGAAUAAUGAUGAAGUAAAGGCAAAUGAAAUUUAUAUGUACAUCAAGAUCAAUGCAUUCUUCUUAUGUAUGAACAGACUAAAUUCCCAAGAGAAAUACAAAGAAGAGAUGCAGGAGUACAUGAAGAAAGAGAGAGGCCAGAGAGGGCCUAAGCCAAUUCUUAAAAUUCCUGUCGCUUUUGUAAGAAGUGCAAUGAAAACUCAGAACAUUGACUUCAUCUUUAGCCAGGCUUACUUUAAUAAAAUGGAAACUAGGCAAAAGGACAGAAAAAUGGACAUCUUCUUAGCAGCAAUGGAAUACUUUAUUGAACUUUUCUACUGAGUUAGGGAUAUGGAUAAUUCUCCUCAUGAGAAAUCACAAAAGAAUGCAAGGACAAUUAAAGAAAAGCUCGCAACUCUUCAAAUGCAUGAAGUUGCAAAGUUCGGACUUGACAUUUAUGAUAGGGACAAAUUCCAGAAAUAUUUCAUGCACACAAUGAUCAGGUAUACCAAUGUCUUACUUGAAGUAAUGGAAAAGUUUUGUGACAAUAAAAUGGUGCUGAUGAAAGUUCAGAGAACAAGAAAGACUAAGACAGCCUUAGAGGGUGAAGAAGAGAUGGAUUAUCAAGAUCUCAAUUAUGAAGAAGUAAGGUUCAGUCUAAAGGCAACCCUCAUGGAUUAUGCCACAUAUGGAAUCAUAGAAAAUGUUAACACUUGACUUGAGCUCCCUGAAGCACUCGAUGAAGAACUCAUCAAAGCAAUUAGCUGAUUCUAUAACAGAAUAAUGGUCCAGAUUAAGGGAACUUGGAUAUUCUAUCAGCUUGACACAUUGAACUCCUUUGAUCUGUUUCUCAGUCAAUAUCGUAAAGAGCUUAAAUACCAGCAACUGAUAAACACUAUAAAGAAAAUACUUGGUAAUUUCUUUGAUAGAUGAAAGGACAACCCUCUUCUGCCAUUUGAGAUAAUGUUUAAGUUCCCAUCAAGAGAAACGAAAGACUAUAUCUUGACAAAUUAUGAGUUCCAUAACCAAGGAGAUGACUUGUAUGAUGACAAUCAAUACAGAGAUGAUAUUGAUGAAGAUGAAGCAGUCCUCGAUGACAUAGAUAAGUACAAGGAAACUAUUUCUAAAUCUGGGUGGCAAGCCGAUGAAGAAGCCAACUUCCUUGAGUAUUAUGACAUCUUCAAAGAUUCCGAUGAUUGUGCACAAAAGAUUGCUAAAAUACUCAAUAAACCUAUUGAAGCCAUUGUUGAGAAGAUGAAAGAGCUCAAAUUAAAAGCUGGAGUUGAGGAGACUAAGAUCGAAUCAACCAAGGACAAAAAGUCUAUGGAUCCUCCGAAAAAGCGGGAUACUGAAAGUUUUAAAGACUGAAAAGUAGCAACUCAAAAUGUUAUUAAAAAGAUGAUCAAGAAUGAACUCCCUCAUGAAGAAAUCAUCAAAGUAUUGGAGCAUUUUGUAAAGAUCUUCGAUGAAUAUUUGAAUUAUGAGGAGGCAAAAGAUCAGAAAGAUGACAUGUUUUAUCACAUCCCGUUGACUGAGAAUGAGAAAACAACCAUUUAUUCCAAACCUGUGGUCAAAAAUUAUGUUCAGGAAAUUGGGUUUGUUGAUGAAAUGGGGGAAUAUUCUAUGGAUAUUGGCAGUCAGCCGAAAAUUAAGAAAAUCAUUAAAUGGAUCAAGAAAGGUAUAAGCAAGGUCAAGAAGUUAAGCUCAAAACCAAAAGAUGAAGACGAUGUUGCGGAAGGAUUGCUUAAUGGAGAGAUUGAUGUAGAUGAAGUAAUAUAA